GGCACUGUCACUGCCGCCGUGCCACCGUUUUUCAAAUCCCCAUCUCCAAACCAUUGGCGCCUCCCAUCACACCCGCAAAUUACCCAUUCUACCCCUCCAUUCCUCACCUCAUCUCACCCCUCUUCAAAACCAAACCUCCAUCAAGUCUUCGUCUACAUCACACACUACACAACCAAAGAAAGAAAGAAAAGCGAGAUGCCACCGCUUACUCUCGAUUCCCUCUUGCACGGCGGCGGCGGCGAGCCGGAGGACGAGUGCGAAGACGAGUUCUCCGGUUCCGACGACGACGGCGAGGACGGUGGCGGUGGUUCUGAGGAAUGGGGCGGCGACGUUGAUGGCGAGUAUGACCCGUACUCCCCAGCGGAGUCGCUGUGGCUCAGGAUCGGGGAGGACAUCGACUGGAGCGAGGUCGGGGCGGUGCUGGAGCGGGAGGACUCCACCAAGGGCGCCUCCAACCCCAAGUCGGCCGCGGCCUGCAGCUGCGCCGGCGCGCCGGCGGCGAGGAUGCCGACGUGCGCCGGCGGAGGCGGGACGGCGAAGGCGGUCGUCAUCGCGGGGCUGCCCGCGGCGGCGCGGAAGGCCUCGCGGGAGCACGAGCGGCGGCGGCGGCUCGGCCGCGCCCGAGCCCGCGCGCGGGUGUUCGCCGGGGACGCCGUGGAGGUGGCGGAGCCCGGGUCGCCCAAGGUGUCCUGCCUCGGCGGCGUCCGGUCGCGGGCGCGGGCGCAGCAGCCGUGCUGUCCCGCCGCGGCAGCUGCGGGGAGGCGGCGGUGGUGGUGCGCGCCGUGGUUGGUGAGCGCCGCGUGCCGCCGGUGCUGGAGCGCCCCGCCACCGCGCGUGUAGGUACGGUGGUGGUUGCCGGUGGAAGCAAAGGUGAGGCGUCGCCGUCGAGUUCAGAGGCAAUUUGGCGAAGGCGACGCCGCGACGGCGGACGGCGGGGUCAGGGGUCGUGCAACCACGUACGCGACGGCUGACCGGCGAAACGUACAGUUUGGUCAGGAAUUGUGGGCCCACCUCCUCGAUGAAUGUCUAUCUGCUUUAAGUUCCCUGUGACUGUACGUGAAAGCUGAGUACGGUGGCCGUUCAAAUUGGAAUUCCAAUGGGCCUCGAUCCAUAUGCCUCUCCAAUGUCACGCUCUGUUUUGUUCAUCUUUUGUGCUAAAUGUUUCCCAAAUGUUGCUGUACAAAUGCAUUGAUACGAAAUUACAGAAAGAGGUGCACAUAAUACGCCGCCUUAUCACGAGAAAUAUUUGCAUAUAUGUCAUUGUAAAAAAGUUGGCUUCGUUCAUAUGCA